AUGGCGGGGGCAUUAGCAAGACACAAGGCUUUUGCGCUUAGUUUAGAGAGGAUUGGUUUCAACAUGGUUGAGCUUGCCCAAAGCUACCAUGAGCUGGAGAAGUGUACAAAAGAUAUUCUCUCUGUAAUCAAGCCGACAGAGGACGAUCGGAAAAAACGACUACUUGCGAUUCAGGAGAUUGUGAAUUCCGUCCAUUUAGUCGGUUACUUGGGAGAUGCUGUUGUCAAACCUUUUGGAUCCUUUGUAUCAAAUCUGUACGCAAAAUCAGGUGAUUUGGACGUAUCAGUUGAGCUGCCAAAUAAGUAUGGCUUCCCUACAAGCAAGGAAACGAAGCAGGAUGUCUUGAGCGAACUAAUGAUGGCAUUACAAAUUGAAGGUGUUGCUAGAGAUGUGAACUUCAUUCCUACUGCAAGAGUUCCAGUUCUUCAGUAUGUGAGCAACCACUUUGGCAUUUCCUGUGAUAUAUCCAUCGAUAACUACCCUGGUCAAAUUAAAUCCAAAGUGUUGUACUGGAUCAAUACUAUAGAUGAGCGAUUUGGUGAUAUGGUUUUAUUGGUCAAGGAAUGGGCAAAAUCUCAAAACAUUAAUGAUCCAAAAAAUGGAAGCCUGAACUCCUAUUCGCUUUGCUUACUUGUUCUUUUUCAUUUUCAGACAUGCAAGCCUGCAAUUUUACCACCUAUGAAGGAGAUUUAUGAUGUCAGCAUUACAGAAGGUAGUGGGCGUUUUAAUGAAAAAAGCCUUGACCAGAUCUGUGUGGAAAAUAUAGCAAAAUUUCAACGGCAGAACAUAGGUCAAAGAAAUCAGAGCUCUCUGUCUCAUCUCCUUGCAAGUUUUUUUGAGAAGUUGUGCCAUAUUGGUACCUAUUCCAGUGACCAUCUUAUAUCCACUUACACGGGUGAGAUGAAGCGCAACCUAUAUUGGAUGGCAAGAUCCUACUGCUUAUUUGUCGAAGAUCCAUUUCAAAGACAUGAGAAUGCAGCUAGAACAGUUGAUAUGCUGGAGCUUCAUCGUAUUUCCAGAGCCUUUACACGUGCUAAAGAUAUGGUCUCCUCUGACAGGGGCUCCGACUGUAAUGAAUUACUUUCACUGCUGUGUACACCUGAAGUUGGUUCAAAACUGGGUGCAAGAGCCACGGCUGACCGUUACACAAAUCCUGCAAUGAGUCCUCAGCAGCACAGAUUCACGGAACUGAUGGAAUAUUUGACAGCCGAUCUGCACUCUAAUCGGUAUGACCAGAGAGCCAGAGGAUCCACAGGAAGCAGACCAGUUCGUUCAGGCAGGCAAGCAGCUAAACCGUACCAGAGUCAGCAGCUGAACUGUGCCCAAAUGUAG